CUUGGAGAAAAAUUUGGCUCAUUUUUGGUCCCGGGCCAAAAAAGAUUGGGAUCUCCUGCUUUAAAGCUGCUCAUACAGCUCACUGCUUGUCAUGUGCCACUUGCUCGGCCGAGUAGACCAGUGCUGGUCAGGUGACAAUACGUAGAAUACAGAUUGCUUUACUACCAUGAUGGAAAGUGACUAAGAAAUCCCAGCGCUGGGACAUACUGGUACCCAGUUAGCUCCAUCCUUUGCUUUCUGGAGGACUCGAGGACAGACACGUGAGGAUGAGAGGACGUGCACGGCGACAGGCACGCGCCUCGGGAGCAGCAGGCUCGGGAGCGCGCCUGGGGUGAUGGCGGAGGAUCGUGUGAGUGAGUGAAGCGCUCGUUGUCUUCCUCUUUCCCAGCCUGUUCGGUGUGAGUGCAGCUCGACUCCCGCUUCCCUCCGACCCCUCUCCCCCUCUCCCCGCACACACUGACUGAGGCAUGGGGAACGAGGCCAGCCUGGAGGCGGGAGAGGGUGGAGGGGGUGUCGGGCAGCCUCUUCCAAGUCCCGGGCCCGGGGGUUCAGCACCAAGCCGCGGACAGCUCCCAGGGCCCAGCAGCGCUGGAGCAACACCUGCCGGGACGCGCCAUGGAGAAUCCAGUGCCUCCGGAAGACUAGAAAAUUCUGGACGUCUGGCCGGACAGAGCUCAGCUCCACAGUCUUUUAGACAGACCACUUCAAGCACAGAAAGCACAAAAGAUAUGAAAAGCCAUGCUUCACCUUCCCACCAACAACCAGACAUCUCAAGGAGAACUCUGCAGGUGGAAAAAGGUCCAAGAACUGGAAGAUCACCUUCUGUAUCCCCAGAUAGAGCCACCACCCCGACUUCUCCAUAUUCUGUCCCACAGAUUGCUCCUCUUCCCAGUAGCACUGUUUGCCCUAUAUGCAACACAACAGACCUCACCUCCUCGCCUAACCAGCCAAACUUCAACACUUGUACUCAAUGUCACAAUGAAGUGUGCAACCAGUGUGGGUUCAACCCUAACCCUCAUCUCACAGAGGUGAAGGAAUGGCUGUGCUUGAACUGUCAGAUGCAGAGGGCUCUGGGGAUGGACAUGACUACUGCUACGAGAUCAAAAAGCCAGCAGCAACUGCAUUCUCCUAUUCUCUCUCCAUCACAGUCUCCUGCCAAACAAGCUAAACCCCAUGCUUCUCCUCAGCACACACAGCAGCAGCAACAAUCAACCCCACAACAUCAACCACUGCCCAAAUCACAGCUUCAGUCUCAUCCUCAGCUGCUUCCACAGUCUCAACAACAUCAGCAUGUGCAACAAGCCCAGCCACACCAACAUCCUCAGCAGCAGCCUCAACCAGAAACCCAUCAACAGAAGCCCCAAUACCAAUCACAAACCCAAAGUAAACUGCAUUCUCAAAACCAACAACAAGCUCCUAAACCUCAGAGCCAUCAUCCGUCACCGUCAUAUGUACAAGCAGGUAAAGAAACGCCACAUGGAAGUGGACGGAUGGAAAACAUUCAUAGUUCUUCUACCCCAUUGCCUCAACAAGCAAAAACUCAACCAACUCAGCAACGAGAGCCGAUAAGCCAAGCCUAUCCAAAAUCCACCGCUCCUCAGGAAGUUUUGCGAUCUUCACCACAACAUCAACCAGUAGAGCAAAGAAAAACUGUAGGUAGCUCUCCAGCGAAAACUCCAGCAGCUUCAUCACAUGGAGCCCAAGAUCAAAACCAGGAAGGUCUCACCGGAAAAUUAUUUGGCUUUGGGGCCUCACUUUUGAACCAGGCGAGCACACUUAUUUCUGUUCCAGCAGAAACCGCCCCACAAAGCCAACAGUCCCCUGGCAAAGUGCCUCCAAAAAUAGUCUUUAGUGAUGCAAGCAAGGACAGUAGCGCUAAACCACAGGGACCCAUGUCUGCCGUACCCAGCAGAGUUGAGAGCUCCCCUGUUCAUAGACAAGGGAAAAUUGAACAUGUUAAGCCAAAGGAUGUGCCGAAAGUCAUGUGCCCAUUGUGUAAAACAGAACUUAAUGUGGGUUCCAGUGAGCCCACUAAUUACAAUACCUGCACGUCAUGUAAAAAACAAGUGUGCAACAUGUGUGGAUUCAACCCAACCCCUCACCUGCAGGAGAAAAAUGAAUGGCUGUGCUUGAACUGCCAAACGCAACGGCUGUUAGAGGGAAGUUUAGGUGACACGCCACCUUCACUGCCACUGACAUCAAAGCAACAAGGUUCUCCUCGGCAUCUGCCAGCACUUCCAACAACUGGAACACCUAAGCAUUCACAAGGUGCCCCAACAACAGGAUCGCCAAGGCACCAGACUCCCACUCAUACAGCAUCACCCCAGCACCAAAAACCAGGACAUAUGCAGACAUCAUCACCCCAGCACCAGAAACAGGGACCUAUAUCUACGACAACCCCUCAGCAUCACACAGGACCAGCAGAACUGCAUCAAAAAUCUGUCUCACAAUCAAUCACAGGGCAACAGAUAGGGGCUACUCAAGACAAACACAGUUUUCAGACUGACCACCUCAGGAGCACUGUACAAGGCAAAGUUCAUAUUUUCAAUGAAGAUAAAAAACAUCCAGAUGAAACCGCUCAAUCCAAAGGUUCUGCAGACUCUCAAAAGGUGUCAAAACAGCUGGUGCCAAAAGGAAAAAGCUUGGGAAAUAAAAAGGAAACUGGGUCAAGACAUGACAAGAUUUCAUCUGAAUUGCAUAAAGCAAAAGAUCAAGAGGACAUAAGCAAGCCUUAUCCCCAUGACCUGUCCCGUAGCCCACAAAGCCUAAGUGAUACAGGCUACUCUUCUGAUGGAAUUUCUAGUUCACAAAGUGAAAUUGCAGGCCUGGUACAACAAGAGGAAGAGAAAUUAAGUGGGACUGGUAUCUCUCAACACAGUCCACCAAGCCCAUCUGAGCUGACAAAGCUAGAAAGCUCUGUAAGGCCUCUCUUGGAAUCAAAUAGCAUCACCCAGGGAAGCAACGGAAAAAUGUUACAUGGUUCACGAGAAGAUCAAAAGCAAAAGCUGAGACCAAGAUCAUUGUCUAUUACUCCUGAAGCUUUUGAUUCUGAUGAUGAAUUGGAAGAUAUUCUUGAGGAAGAUGAAGACUCUCUUGAAUGGGAAAAUCAAAGGGACCAGAGAGAUAUUGUGGAAUCAUCUGAUGAUUUUGGUAGUAAGCUGCGUCAUGACUAUGUGGAGGAUAGUAGUGAAGGAUUUUCUCCUUUGCCAACUAGGCAAAAGAAGGGUGAAUUCUCUGAUGAAGAAUUUAUGAGGAGGCAAAUUUUAGAAAUGAGCGCAGAAGAAGACAACCUUGAAGAUGAUGAAGAUGAGUAUAGUCAUGUCAAAUACAGCAGUGGCAAGAACGGACAGAAGGCAAAUUCCGAAAAAGUUAAAAGUACUUCUUCUAAAAGACGGCUUUACAAUUCAAACAAUAUUUAUGAUGAAAGCAGGAAAGAAACAGAAGAAGAAGAAGAAGAAGACAUGUCUGCCUCACAAGGAGGGUUAAGACGUUUCAAGACCAUUGAUUUAAAUAGCACAAACAGUUAUAAUAGAGAUAUAGACCUUGAACAUGAAAAUGACAUCUGCUUAGAAAGAGAGCCAGAACUAGAAAUGGAAAGUUUGACUGGAUCACCAGAGGAAAGAUCUAGAGGUGAAUAUUCAUCAACUCUACCUGCAACAACACCUAGCUAUACAUCUGGUACAUCUCCUACGUCUAUGUCAUCCCUCGAAGAAGACAGUGACAGCAGUCCUAGUCGAAGGCAGAGGCUAGAGGAAGUCAAGCAGCAGAGAAAAGCACGCCACCGCUCUCAUGGGCCUCUGUUGCCUACUAUUGAGGAUUCUUCAGAAGAAGAGGAACUCCGUGAAGAAGAAGAACUUUUAAGGGAGCAGGAAAAAAUGAGAGAAGUUGAACAGCAGAGGAUUCGAAGUACUGCACGCAAGACCAAAAGAGACAAAGAAGAGCUGAGGGCACAAAGAAGGAGAGAGAGGUCAAAAACUCCACCAAGCAAUUUGUCUCCAAUUGAGGAUGCAUCUCCAACUGAAGAACUAAGGCAAGCAGCAGAGAUGGAAGAACUUCAUAGAUCAUCUUGUUCAGAAUAUUCACCCUCUAUUGAUUCUGAAGCAGAAGGAUUUGAAUUGAUUGGUUCAAAGUUAUACAAAUCAGGCAGUGAAUACAACUUGCCAACAUUUAUGUCACUGUAUUCUCCCACAGAGAAAACAUCAAGCACCUCUGGUAACAAGCCGUUAAAAAGUGCUGAAGAAGUGUAUGAAGAGCUAAUGAGAAAAGCUGAAAUGUUUCAGAAACAACAACUACAACAAUUGCAGCAAAACUCAAUGUAUGGUAACAAUUAUCAGCAAGUGAAUUACAUUGGUACAGAAAGCCAGAAUAAUUUUGAAUAUCAGUACAUAGAUGAGUACAACUAUGACAGUGGUCCGAUUGGUUCAUCCCAAACCGAAUACCAUGUGGGUUUAUCCAAACCUGGUACAGUUUAUGAUGAAAUUUUACAGACAUCACAGAAUAUCUCAAGAAUGCACCAGUCUUCAUCACAAGACUUAUCUUUACAUCAGGAAGAUAAAAAAACAGAACUGUACCCAGAAAAACAGUUUUUGAAUGCUGAAAAUGCACACAAUGAUUUAAUCAAGCAAACUAGUGGACCCCUCACUCCUGGAACAAGCCCCACCCAGUUGUCAGCACCAGUGUCAUUUUCAUCGUCUGAUGGCCACGCUGGUAGAGUUAUACCGGAUGUGCGUGUUACACAGCAUUUUUCUAAAGAUGGGCUAGAUCGGACAAAGCUGCAGAGCUCUUCUACUAUGCCUAGUUCCAAAACCAUAUCAUCAAAUUACCAGUAUGGUAAAGGAGCGACAACCACCACUACUUCAGUAGUUCAGACAAUACCAUCUCCCACAGGUACAACACCUCUGCAUUCAGGAACUAUGCCUGUACUUCCUACACAGAGGAGUUAUGGACAAUGUAAAGGCACCAGUGAUUUUAGGGCAAAUGAAGAACAGCAUAGAGAUCGAAUAGGUGCUGACAUUAAUUUAGCAUCAAAAGACAGCACACAGGGUGCAGGUGAUAUGAGGGGAAAUGUUUCUCUGACAUCUAAAGUCAUCUCCUUCUUCAAGAGUUCAAGUCCUCCACUUUCUCCUUCCUCACCAACACAGAGUCCCACUCAUUCAUCACCAAGGAUAAGUCUAGUGUCAGGAAGCAAAUCUACUGCAGAAUUUUCAUCCCAAACUCAAACUACCCAUGCAUCAUUUGAUGGCUCUGUAGCCUCAUCUGUAGUCUCUUCACCUAUGGUAGCUCAUGGCACACAAACUCCAGAGCGAACCAGACCACCUCGUAUUUCCAGGCAACAGUCAUCACAAGAAGCUCCUUUUAUGGUCAUUACAUUGGCAUCAGCUUCAUCAAGCCAAACUAAAUCUAAAAGUGUAAGUUCUUCUACUUCCCCUGUCACAUCUCCAACCAGGCUUAAUCGUCAGCAGACACUACACAGUUAUAGUCAAACAUCUGCUGCUAGUUCACAAACCCAACAAGAACAAAGUCAAACAAGCUACAGCAAGGAGCAUACAAACAUAGAUAGAGCUCCUCCUGCAGGGAGACAGAUGGUAACUCCUAAAGGCCAGUCAUCCUCUGUGGUAGAUGGUUCAAGUGGUACUUAUGCUUGGGGCUCUUUACCACCAGAAAAUAUAUCAUUAUGCAGAAUUUCCUCUGUUCCUGGAACAUCAAGAGUAGAGCCUGGUCCCAAACACAGUGGCAGUGCUGUAGAUUUGCGAACUGCAAUUAAACCAGCUCCAGUCAUUAUGACUGACCAGGGUAUGGAUCUCACAUCAUUAGCUACUGAAACCAGAAGGUACUCACUUACUAUGGACCAGUCUCCUUCUCGACAAUCUACAGCUGUUCAACCAAUGAUUGUAAAUUUGAAUGCCCAAGAACAACCUCAUGCCAUUAUAGCAACAGGCACUACUGUUAGCAUAACUGCUGCUUCUUCCAUGAUUGUUUCACAGCCAAAACAGCCAACAAUCUAUGGAGAUCCCUAUCAAAAUAGGGUGGACUUUGGUCAAGGAACAGGAAGUGCAGUUUGCUUAACACAAGUCAAGCAAGUGGAUCAAGCAACUGCUACUAUGUGUAAACCAGAUGAUGUUGUUGGUAUCCAAAAAGAUAUAUAUUCAAGAUACAAUCUCCCCAGUCAAGUAACUCCCAUAGUUAAAAGAGAUGGGGUCUCUCAACCCAGUAAUAUUCAAAGCAUCAGUAACAUCAGUUGCAUUCCAAGGCAGUACCAACAAGAUCAGAGCACAGGUCCUACAGAAGUAUACAGAGGUGCACCAGAAUCUAAAGUACCACAUCCUUCAUUUAAUACUGCUGGAAACCAACCUCAUACCAUGAUGGUCCAGUUGGAUGACAUUGCUUCUGGAACAGUGACACAAAUUUUGCGGGAAGAACACGCAUCAAAUGCUUUAGACCUCACAGGAAUAAAGCCUGAAAGUCAGGUGGCAUGCUGUGAUAUGGUCUACAAGUUUCCUUUUGGCAGCAGUUGCACGGGUACAUACAACUCUUCCAAAAUUCCUGAAAAACAUACUGCAGAGCCAUCUCAGGCUGUGAGAUCUGGGACUCAGUAUUAUGGACAGAGAGAUCAAGACAUUUCAGAUAACUAUCCCUAUAGAGAAGCAAAUCCUGUUUUACCUGCUCCACCUCCUCAGAAUUUGUAUGAGGAACAGAAAUUUCAUCCUUGUGGACCAACAGGAAGACUGCAUUCAUCCAUGUCGGAAACUAACCUUUCUGAUAUUGGUUUGUACCAGCCUUAUCAUGGGACUGGAGGAGAAGCUGCUAUGGACUUGUCUACAAUGAGAAAUUCAUUUAGUGGGAACUUAACCGAUGGAAGCUAUAUAGGUCAGGGAAUGCAGUAUGGGUCAUUCACUGACCUACGCCAACCUACAGAUUUAAUAAACAGUGCGCUGCCCAUGAGAAGGUACAGUUCACUAUCUAACAUUUAUUCUGAUUACAGAUACUCUUCUAAAGAUCUGUCUAACUUCCAAGAAUCAAAUCUUGCUCAGUACAGUGCAACAACAGCUCGUGAAAUUAGCAGAAUGUGUGCAGCCUUGAAUUCUAUGGAGCAUUAUGGGAGCAGACAUCCUAACAGUGUAGAUAUGUUGCAGUAUGGGGCAAGUUCCAUGGGUAGUGGUCCAGCAGCAGGUAAUAUCCUACCCAAUCAACAGGGAAUGACAUCUGUCAGACAAAACAUGAUGUAUGGUCAGCAAUUGCCAGAAACAAGACAGGGUUUUGGAAAUUUAGCGCAAUACAAUAUCUCUGGUUUACGAGCAGGAACUGUUAGACAGAUGUUCCCUCCUGCUGCCACUGUAAGAGCUGCUGAUGGCAUGAUUUACUCAACAAUUAAUACUCCUAUAGCAUCUACGCUUCCAAUUACCACGCAACCAGCACCUGUUUUAAGGCCAAUGCUUAGAGGUUUAUAUAGGCCAUAUGGGCCAGGAAAUAUUACAGCUGUGCCACUGGCAAGUCUAACUAGGGUCCCCAUGGUUACUCCAAGAAUGCCAUUGGCACCACAAGGAGUGUAUCGUUAUCCUGGAGUAAGCAGAUUUCCAGCACCUUCUACAGCUUCAUCAAUGGAUACCCCAGUUUAUUUGGGAAAGCCAGCUGCAGCUGAUACAACUAGUCCAGCCAAUGUCAUUAGUACUACAGCACCUGCCCUUCCUGUUUCAACAGCAGUUUCGAGCAUUCUUGCAUCUUCAACUGUACGGACAGAGCAAACCACCUCAGUGAUUCGUGAUGACAUCACAUCUUCUGUGGUUCAGAGUAAUGCUUCCAAAGACACAAGUCAACCACAACAACAAAAGCCUGUUCCUGAAGUUCCUUCAUCUACAACUACACAAAAGCCUGGAGCUGAGGAAAAAGAAGAAGAAAGACAAAGAAAACAGCAAGAACAGAUGCUACAGAUUGAAAGAGAAAGAGUUGAGUUGGAGACAUUGAGGCAAAUGCGCCUGCAUGAAGAAUUAGAGCGGGAACGGAUAGAACUACAACGACAUAGAGAGAAGGAACAGAUGUUGGUUCAGAGGGAAUUGCAAGAGUUGCAGUCUAUCAAACAUCAAGUACUGCAACAACAGCAGGAGGAACGGCAUGUUCAAUUUGCUCUCCAAAGGGAGCAAUUAGCACAACAGCGUAUGCAGCUUGAGCAAAUUCAGCAGUUGCAGCAGCAGUUGCAGCAACAACUCGAAGACCAAAAAAGACAAAAGAAUAUUGCGCCCUCUGCAUGUGAGCAAACUGGAAGGCUCCCACCUCAGACUGUAUCUGAAAUAGCAAUUGAAAUGCAAAGGACUCUUGCACAAUCUGGCCAAUACUGGCCACCAAUUAACCAACCCUUUAUUGCUAUGGCACCCACAGUGCCUGAAGCCCAAGGACAACCCCGUUAUCCUCCACCUCCAAGGCCACUUACUAAUUCUGCUUCAGAAAUGAGUCUCCAAACAGAUGAACAAUGGGAGGUUAAUAGAACUAUCAAAAAAAGAAACUCAAUGCCACGUCUCAGGGAUGCUUAUAAUACAGAUGAGAAUCAUGAAUCAUAUAUUGUUAAGAAGAUAACUGACAGCAGUGUACAGACCGAUGAUGAGGACGGUGAAGAUAGAUUUUACAUGUCAAGAAGGCGCAAAACAAAGCGCAGCACUGACUGCAGCGUUCAAACAGAUGAUGAAGACAAUGCUGAUUGGGAACAGCCAGUUCGCAGGCGCCGGUCCAGAUUUUCUCGGCAUUCAGAUUCAAGUUCUGACAGCAAGCAUGAUGCAAAGGGAACAUCAAGUAUAGCUAUCCAGACAAUUACUGACUGCUCUGUGCAAACAGAACCAGAUCAAUUUCAAAGAGUGUCACCUUCUAUUCAUAUUACUACUCCAGAUCCAAAAGUAGAGAUUAUAAAAUAUAUAUCUGCCCCAGAGAAGACCCAAAAAGGAGAAAGCCUAGCCUGUCAAACUGAACCAGAGACUCAUUCCCAUGGAAUAGUUGCACCUCAGUUCGGUGUUCCUACAACUAUAACACCGUAUUCCUCCAACAUACACACUGUAACUGCAGGAAUCCUGAACACUACUAGACAACCAGGAAUAACUAAAUAUGAGAAGAAGAAACCUGAUCCCCUUGAGAUUGGUUAUCAGUCUCAUUUGCCAGCAGAUACACUUUCUCAGCUAGUUACAAGACAGCCCCCCAAGUCUCCUCAUGUUCUCUACUCUCCUGUUUCUCCGCUUUCUCCUCAUAGAUUGCUGGAGUCUACAUUUGCUUCUAGUGAAAGGCUAAACAAGGCACAUGUGACUCCUCAAAAGCAUUUCACUGCUGAUAGCACUCAACGACAGCAAAUCUUACCACGUCCUCUUAAAACCAUGCAGAGGUCCUUGUCAGAUCCCAAACCUAUCAGCCCUACAUCUGAAGACUCAGCCAAGGACAGGUUCUCUUUAUAUCAACAGCAGUUAUUGCAAAGUGGCCAGAUCACAGCCUUCCAAUCAAAUACUUUGACACGCAAAGUGAAACGAACUCUUCCGAGUCCUCCUCCUGAUGAAGGUCAUCUUUCCUUAACUACCAGUCAGGCUCAUUCUCAAAUAUAUAUGCCCAAUGUCACCCAGAAGAUUAUGGGAGGUCAAGCAAUUCAGAUGCCUAAAGUUGGUUUCCUUAAAACCAUUGAUCGUGACCUAAAGAUUGUAGAGCAAGAAUCAACAAAGCUCCGCAAGCAGCAAGCUGAACUUGAAGAAGAGGAAAAGGAGAUUGAUGCCAAGCUAAAAUAUUUAGAACUUGGCAUUACACAAAGGAAGGAAAUUUUCGUCAAGGAUGUAGGUAGAAGAGAUUUUCCAUACAUGAAGUGUUUAGGUGAGAACAGGAAUUAUAUGUCUGAUAGUGAGCUCAACAACAUGCGAAUUUCUGGCUAUGAUACCAAUGGGCUUUCAAAUAGAACUGGCACCACCCCUCAAUAUUCUGAUUUCCAGACUACCCAGCUGCAUCAAACAACUACUUCUUCUUAUACUCCUAGCACUUAUCAAUACACUGCAGGCCAAACUGUAACUUCAGCAUCUACAUCUCUUCAGCAGACACGUUUUCAGCAACCCCAACAUCCAGUAUCAACUAAUGGUCCAUCCCAAAAUAUUUUCCAGACUCAGUUAUCUGGCUAUCUUCCCCAAAGCUCAUAUCAGACUCACAACAUUUCUCAAAAUACAAGCUAUCAGUCAGGUCCAGGACUGCAGAACCAUACUGGUUUCCGACCACCAAACCCCUACCAAACCCAACCUACCUAUGCAAAUCAGACACCUUUGCAAACUCCCAUUAACUCAGGCUUUCAGACACAGGACAGUCAUGCAACUCAUCAAAAACCUAGGCAGACAACAUUGGCGGAUUUAGAGCAUAAGGUACCCACAAAUUAUGAGGUCAUUGUAAAUCCCACAGUAGUUAUCUCAUCUGCUCCUCCAGAUAGUGCCUUCAGUAGCACUACAGUGGCAAGCAGCUUUGAUCAAUAUAGAGCUCCAGAUGUGAGGCCAACAGAAAGGGGCAGUGGAUCUGAGAACCCAUCAAAUAGUUACCAGUCUGAUUCAUUAUAUACAAAUCUUGAACAAAACAUCCCCCGUAAUUAUGUGAUGAUUGACGAUAUUAGUGAACUAACCAAACAGAAUCCACCUACAACUGAAAGUCAAAAGGUUGAAACAUUGUCUCAGUCACUGCAACAAACUAACAAUGGACGCCACAUGAAAGACAAAAAUGGCCAUCAUGAGAUUGAAAGCUCAAGUAAGCCCUGUUGUUAUUCAAGAGCUGAGGAAGAAUCGGAAGAGGAUAUGUAUGACCAUCACAGUUCUGACUAUAGAAGUAAAAAUAGCUAUCAGAGGGGUCCUGAUAAUAAUGGCCGUGACUCUGGUAGUAGCAGUUACUACUAUGAUAAUGAUCCCAGACACUCCACGCGUUUUGAUAGACAUGGACCCACCACAGGAAUGCAGAAACAUUCAUCAAAGAACCUGGCCCCUGCUGUAGUGUCCUCUAAGCGCAGCAAACACCGGAAACAGGGAAUGGAACAAAAGAUCUCCAAGUUCUCUCCAAUUGAGGAAGCAAAAGAUGUGGAAACUGACCUGGCUGCAUCUUAUCCAGUUACAACAUCAAUUAGCAGCAGUAUUGUCUCAUCUAGAGCAAAAAAACUACAGGAUGAUAUUACAUAUGGUUUAAAGAAAAAUGUAUAUGAACAGCAAAAAUACUAUGGAGUUUCUAGUAGGGAUAUGGUGGAGGAAGAUGACAGAAUAUAUGGUAGCAGCAAUCGAUCUAGAUCAGCUUCCAGUUAUGGGUUGGAAAAGUCAAACCGUGACUCUGGAAGCAGCAGGAGCAAAUCUUAUGAAAGGGAUAGUAGUGAUAGGUAUCAUAAGUCAAACUCAAAACCUUCUACUCUUAGCAUGAAUCAAGGCAGAGGUCGAGCCCCAAUGCGAACACAGGCUUCAGAAGAGGAAAGUCCUGUAAGCCCACUAGGAAAGUCUGUGGGUGUGUCCCGCUCAUCAGGUGGGCAUAUAUCUCAACCCCCUGUUGAUAGUUGCCCACAGUUCUGUUCUAGUCAUUCACUGCCUGAUGUCCAAGAACAUAUCAAGGAAGUGCCAAGAAACCAUAUAUAUAAGCAAGAAGAUAAUUACAUGAUGGAUGACUCACACUGUGUUGUAUCGGACAGUGAAGCCUAUCAUUUGGGUCAGGAAGAAACUGAUUGGUUUGAUAAACCAAGAGAGGCACGGUCUGACAGAUCAAGGUACUACAGCAGCCACUCCUCAUCACAGAAGAAAAUGCCUGUUAAACAUACUUACCAUGAUUAUGAUGAACCCCCAGAUGAAGACACAUGGUCGCAGGAUGAUUAUUCUCAGUCUCGUCACUCUUCUUCAAAAGAACAUAGACAUCAUGGAGAGUCUAGUAGACAUUCUUCUUCCAGGCAUCCUGAAGAACAACCUAGACGAUCAUCUAAACAGCAUCCCAGAGACCAAGGACAGCAUCCCAGAGACCAAGGACAGUAUCCCAGAGACCAAGGACAGCAUCCCAGAGACCAAGGACAGUAUCCCAGAGACCAAGGACAGUAUCCCAGAGACCAAGGACAGUUUCCCAGAGACCAAGGACAGCAUCCCAGAGACCAAGGACAGUAUCCAAGAGAUCAAGGACAGCAACCCAGAGACCAAGGCCAGUAUCCCAGAGACCAAGGACAGCAUCCCAGAGACCAAGGACAGCAUCUCAGAGACCAAGGACAGCAUCCCAGAGACCAAGGACGGCAGGAUGCUCGUCCACAUUCACAUCCUUCAUCAUCUUCCAAAAAGUCAGACACACGAGGUCAAUCAGGGUAUCCAUCAAGUUCUUCAGAUUAUGUCUCCCAAUCUAGACCACAAUCUAGUUAUCAUCAUACUUCAGAAUCACAGAAGUCAGUUAGGCAGCCACAAUUGUCACAACAACAAAAAACUGACCCACAUCACCCAAUGUCACAGCAAACAAGGCAGCAGCAGCAAGCAGGUCAGCAACAGCAAAGACAACAGCAGCCAACACAGCAGACGUCCAGACAGCAAGGCAUUGGGACAUCACAGCCCGCUGCUCAUCAAACUCACCAAGCACCUCAUCAAGCUACAACACAUCAAACCACACACCAACAGUCCCAGCAUCUGCAAGGUUCCCAACAACCAACCAGAACACAGACGCAACAGCAGCCACAGCAACCACAGCCACAACAGCUGCAGCAACAACAACAAUUAGGAACCCAAGUGCAACCUGCUUCAAAGCCACUGCAACAACAACAACAACAGCAACCCCAGCAAGCGAUGAAACCUCAACAGACCCCGCAGUCCAAUGCUACUCAAUCAGCAGUUCAAGCCAAAGCAGAGCCACUGGACAGUUCAAAGACCGCAGCAAAGCCUGUGCCGCAACAGGCGAGAGGACCACAACCCUCAAUGCAAGGCGCUCCAACAGGUAUAAAAAUUGGUCAGAAACCACCAACAGCAGCAAUGGGAGCAACUGGAUCAGCUGCAGGACAACCAGGCUCAGAAGGGGAGAGCGUCUUCUCCAAAAUUCUCCCGGGAGGUGCAGCUGAACAAGCAGGCAAAUUGACAGAUGCUGUGUCUGCAUUCGGCAAGAAAUUUUCAUCGUUCUGGUGAGAAAGUCCUGCACGAGUGAAGAUUUCAGAAUGGAAAAAUUUAUGGAGAAACCAAAAUGCAGCGCUGAACUCUGGGUAUAAAAGCUUCCAUAGGGAACAUGAAAGCACUGACUUGUUAGCCACAGGAUAAUUUACUUUCAGUGCACUAGGGAAUCUUUAAAGAUGAUCAAACGUUGGAUGGGGCAACAGAGAAUUAGGAAGAUUCCCGAAUGAACCGGAAGAAAAGAAAAAUGAAAUGAACAAAGGCCCCUCAGAAACAAGAGGAUACCAUUGUCAUCUUCUGCCGACUAAUCUCUAAUGCCAUAUACGUAUAUUCAGGGUAUUUAUGUUCCCUUCUUGAGUUUAUACUCAGAGUUCUGGGGUUGGCACUUAAAUGUGGUUCAUCUUCAGAUUUUUUUCCACAGUCUCUACUACGAAUCUUCAGAGGGCUUGAGCAGCAUGCUCCUUUAUUCCUAUAACAUUCCACUCCUGACCAAUGAUACAUAGUGAUUUUCCAAGGAAUCCCUCUCUGCACGGGGAACCACACAAACCAAAUCCUAGACGCGAAGCGUCUGUAAGGAAAGAGAACUUCGAUAUGAGGACCUAACACUGUUCAUCCUACUAAAACAUGAGGCCAUAGGACUCUGAAAGGCAGUAUUUUGACUGGCUUGGUUUAUAAAUCAAAAUUAAUCCUGGCCGGGCAUGUCUGUCAGCUAUAAGUAAGCCAUCAUUUAGCCAUACGAAUGGCAGUUUUCAUGUCUGUCUCUUUAAUCUCCUGGAAAUCCCCCCCCCCUUUUUUUUUCUUUUUCAUUUUAUUUCAUUUUAAAACAGCCUUAACUAUUCAACUUUAAUUUUCUCAUAUACCUCAUUUUUAUUUUGCUCUCCAGUGUAUUUACACUACAUUAUUUUUGGUAUGUUAUGAUUUGAUUUUGCUGUUGGAUUAGCACAUAGGUUAUCUCUAGAAGCAAUAGAGAACAGACAAAGAGCACAAAAUAACGCGAGAGACAGAGAGGAGCAUGGCAUCCUCAGCUCUCCUUUUCUAAAGACUGUGCAAUUAAAGUCCUAAGCCAUUGCCAGCUGGCAUGCUCAGAGAGAUGACAAGGUCUUCACGAGCAAGUCUCCUUACUUCUGAAGCAUGUAAACGUCCAGAAGAAGUCAUCCAUUGUUCGAACUAUAUGACUAUUGUGAAGUUGCUCCUGUGUCCGCUUUUUAUUGGGCCUUCCCUGUCCUGUUGAGCAUGCUCAAAUCUGACAGUCUCAUUGGUCUAAUCCAUUGGCGCUUCCAUCCACCUUAGGUUGCAGCAACCGAUUAUCAUGUCUAAUUGUCUAUGCAAUGAAAUACAAAUUUUGGGGGCGGGGUGGGUAAUACUGUGUUCAUAGUUCACAUUUAAAUGUUAUGUAUAAAAGAUUUCUUUCAAUAUGUUCUAUUGGGAAACUGAAUUGAUAUGUUUAUAUCUAACCCCGUGUGUAUGAUGUUUCUGAGUUAGUGGCAUGUUUGACUCCUUUUAAGAUACUUUGCCAAAGGCUAGUAGCCAUAUAGCCUGUAAAAAUUGUCGUUUGUCUUACUGCAUGGCUUGCUACCCCUGUACCUUGCACGGUUUCAUCUCAUUGAAAUUGAUUCCGGUUUUGGCUAGACAGACUUCACUUUUACUUACUUUUUGCAGUAAUAUCCUCAUUUGGUAUUGUUUGCCAAUCUGUGCACUUGAUGUUAUAAAGGACGAAGGCCAAGCUACACCUGAUGAGUCGACCGAUCUGAUAUGGGUUUUUGGGAACCGGUAUGGCUAUUAUUAAUGGUAGAGCACUUAGUCUAUGAACCUGUGUUUUUCUGUCAGCUCUAAAUGCCGGGUGAAUCCAUGAAUCUUAUUCAGUUGUAUACUACCAGAUUCACCCCUUAGUUAAGCCUAUCCUUUUUUUGUCCCAAAGGUCCAGCCUUACUUAGCUCCUUAGGCCAACUUUGACAACACAGACGUAUGGUAAAUAUGGACGUUGGCAAAUUCUAAUUAUAGAUAUUUGUGCCAGUUUAUUAUCAUUUCAGUCUUAAUUUCGUCUUCAUUAUUUAUGACCAAGGCAUUCCAAACAAAACAAAAUCCCCAUCACCUCCAUCUAGCAUCCUGGAUAGUAUACUGUGCAUUUUCAUUGGGACCUUUUAUUUUUUUAUCUUGUCAUCCCUUAAAAAGAAAAAUACUAGUUAUUGCAUACCAUAGGCACCUAUAUCAUUAAUGGGACUUGCUAUUUAUAAAGAGCUUUAAAAGCCUUGGCAAUUACAUAGGCCUCCAAAAUAUCAAGGCUUAAUCGAAUGACUUUUUCCAUUUACAGCAAAGCAAUUCAAGCCCGACCGAGUUCAUCAUCACCGUUUAUGUGAGCAAACAAAAAUGCAAGCGGAUUUUCCCUUUAACCUUCCAACGAAUGUAGCAUCUGAGAAUGUGUCUUACCCGUUGAGCGUUUUGUGUCUUUCCUUGCUGAGUGUUCUGUGCAUGAAUUAGAUACUUGUUAUGCAAAAUGAUCAAAUCUCCGAGCAUCGCUGAUUCAUCUAAGGUGUUAUUUAUCAUGUUAAAUGUGGGUUACCCAGCAUCCACUGGAAAAUGUAUGAGCGUGUUGGUGCAAUAAACCAUCUACGCAGCCGUUGGCAAUGAUGUGCAUAACGACGGGGAUACGUGCAUCCGAGGUGAAUCUGAAUUCCUGGCUGUCUUAGUUUUGUUGUCUAUGGCUCUUUCGUCAGCCAUCAAUGUAUAUAGUUGUACAGUGUGUAAAUGUUCAUGUGUUGUAAGUAAAGCAAGAACAAAAAGAAAAAAUUCCAGCAUGACAACCAUUGGCCAUGUGUGCUGGUGUGUCAUCUGUCUUAUCAGUACAUCUGCCAACCUUAAGCUUUUUUUUGUGUAUAAAAAUGAUUUAAAGAUAAUAUAUUCAUGUAGAGAGAGAGAGAGUAAAGAUAUUAUAGUGGCUGACUUGCUGAGACCAAUCAGACAUUUCGGAAAUGUUUUUGUCUCAUUGAGCUGUUCUCUUUUAUACAAACAGGAGAACAAUUCUUAAGGAGGUCAACCCAGGUUGGGGGUGAGGGGAGGCGGGGAACAAAUGUUACAUAAGAAGGGAGAGGUAUGUAUAAAUUAAUAUAUUUAAAGAAACAAAGAUAAAGUUUACAGUUGUAAGUGCAAUGACCUGAAUCCUAUAUAUGAGCAUUGUAAUUUGUGUCUGUCCUGCUGUGCCCUUUAAAAACGUUGUAGUAUUUCAAUGUGUCACAUCAUGUAUUGUGAUUCAGUAAUCAGCUGACCCCUUACAAGGUAUUUCUGUGGCGGCAGAAUAAAAAGGACUUGAUAUGA